AUGCAGACGUACUACAGACCUACGCCCUUGACCGUCGACACAAAUCAUGCCCAGAAGUACUUUGAGGAAGAAGACCACAGCAUCUUAGACGAAAACAUCCUCGAUAACAGCGGCCUUGAUUCCGGUCUCGAAAUGUCCCCGCCGAUGGCCAAUAGUCGCCGCGAGUCCUUCGCCCAGUUCGACGGCAUGCCCACUGAUUACGACAAUACAUCCGUCUUCCACCGCUCUAUGCAGGGCCAGACGCCGUUCAGCAACCCCACCGGCCAAAUCAACAUGUUUUCUUCCAUCGGCUCAGGCAACCAGUCCAUCCCAACCUCACCCCAGAAGGGUUGGAUUGGCCAGAACGAGUCCAUGGCCAAGAAGAUGCGGACGGGCAGCCCUGGCAUCCGCUCUCACAACGAACUGCGCAGGGGCGACGGCAUCAGGAAAAAGAAUGCUCGUUUCGACAUUCCAGCUGAGCGAAAUCUCAACAAUAUUGAUCAGCUCAUCGCGCAGUCGACCGACGAGCAGGAAAUCAAGGAGCUGAAACAGCAGAAACGUCUGUUGCGCAAUCGCCAAGCAGCCCUUGAUUCCCGCCAGCGGAAGAAGCAGCACACGGAGCGUCUGGAAGACGAGAAGAAGCAGUACACCACCAUCCUUACAGAUAUGGAGGAGGAGAUUGUGGACCUGAAGGCCAAGAUGGAACUUCUUCUACGGGAGAAGCAGUCUUACCAAGAGUACAUCGAGUCACUCCGCAUGGAGAAGGAGGAGAUGAUCCGGUCCCACACCAUCGAGACGGGCGAGCUUCGCAAAAAGGUCAGCGUCCUCACCGACCACGUGCAGAGGCUCGAGAGUGCCGCCAUGUCGUCGUCCGUCCCUGGCCCCCAGGGGUUCUCUACGGGCUACGACGACAUGGAUGGCUUGUCCAUGCCUGGUCCUUGGGACAAUGUCGGUUUCCUCGGCGACUACACUGUCGAGCCUGAGGUCAAGCAAGAGCUCCAGAUGGCACCACCGCCCAAGAAGUCCGAGAUCAACUUCCCCGCCGAGACUGAGAAGCAGUCGUCUCAGGGUGGUAUCCUCUUCAUGCUCUUCCUUGUCGGUGCGUUCGUCCUCUCAAACCGGUCCGCGCCCAGCAUCCCUCGCGUGUCCGAUGAUGUCCGGGCCGAGGCGGCCACGCUUCUUGAGAACGUCUUCAAGGAUGCCGGGCUUGAUGAGUCUACCAACACGAUUCAUGCCGGCGCUCCUCAGCCUUCGGGCGCCAACUGGGUCAACGACCCGGCUAUGGGCCUGGCUGGUUCUGGCCUCGACGGCAUGGCGCCCUCGAUGCUUGGCCAGCUUGGCGACACCCUGACCCAGCCCAACGAGGAGCAGAACAACGAGCAAAUCUUCUCGAUGUCGGCAGCCCAGUACAACGGUGUUCACUCGCAGGACUUUAUGCACAACGUGCCCGAGCGCUCCACGAGCCAGGGCCGCCGCAACCUGGCUGAGGCCCUCUCCUCGAUGCGCAACAACAACAAACAAUCAAUGGCCGAGGUGUACACCCGAUCUCUCCUCUGGGACCAGAUCCCUACGGAGGUGGUCAAAAACUUUGCGAAAAUGGUGGCUGAGUGCAACAACGCUCAGCAGAACGAACGGCAGCAAUGCAUGGACGCGAUUGCCCGAUGA